UCCAUGAUUUGCUUGGUGCUUACCCUGUUCCCCAACAUCUUCCAGAGCACUUGCACCGGAAUAAAUGAGCGCACCUUCCUGGCCAUCAAGCCAGAUGGGGUGCAGCGGCAUCUCAUAGGGGAGAUGAUCAGGCGCUUUGAAAAGAAGGGCUUCAAACUGUUGGGGAUGAAACUCAUGCAGGCCUUGGAAGACUUGCUGAAGGAGCAUUAUAUAGCCCUCUGUGAUCGCCUCUUCUAUAGCCACCUGGUGGAGUACAUAAGAUCGGGUCCUAUUGUAGCUAUGGUCUGGCAGGGGCUGGAUGUGGUAAAGAUAGCUUGUACAAUGAUUGGAGAAACUAACCCUGCUGAUUCCAGACCCUGAACCAUCCGAGGGGACUUCUGCAUUGAAGUCAGCAAGAAUGUGAUUCAUGGCAGCGACUCGAUCGAGAGUGCCCGGUGGGAGAUUUUGCUCUGGUUCCACACAGACAAGCUGACGUGUUGGGCAGAGAGCACUGAGCACUGGAUCUAUGAGUAA